CUUUAAUCACAAGUACCGGUAAUAAAUAUUAUAAUUAAUAAUUGUAGAUAUUAUCAAUUACAGAUUUGAGCUAAAAAAAUAACGAAAGGAUGGUUGAGAAUUCAGGUGAACUCGCAAGUGGCGAGGCUCCACCAAAGACAGCAAAACAGUUGGAGAAGGAAGCAAAAAAAUUAGCCAAAUUAGAAAAAUUCAAACAGAAACAAGACAAAAAAGAAACCGUAUCAGCAGCUUCAAAAAAUAAAGAAAAACCCGAGAAAAAUGAAAAGAAAAAGGAACCAAAACAGGCCGCAGUGUACACGUCAGAUACACCAGAAGGUGAGAAAAAAGACGUGACAAUUCCAAUGCCGGACGCCUACAGUCCGCGAUUCGUCGAAGCCGCUUGGUAUCCCUGGUGGGAAAAACAAGGAUUUUUUAAACCCGAGUACCGUAAUUCAAACCCUAGAACACCAAUCUCUGAGCCCAACAAAUUUGGUAAAUUUGUCAUGGUGAUUCCACCCCCGAAUGUCACUGGAUCUUUACAUUUAGGUCAUGCUUUGACUACCGCCGUUGAAGAUGCAAUCACUCGAUGGAAUCGUAUGAAAGGCCGCACAACUCUUUGGAACCCAGGAUGUGACCACGCAGGAAUCGCAACCCAGGUCGUGGUAGAGAAGAAACUCUGGCGGGAGGAAAAAAAGACCCGACAUGAUUUAGGCCGUGAGAAAUUUGUUGAAAAAAUAUGGGAAUGGAAGAACGAAAAAGGGAACCGUAUUUACGAGCAGAUGAAAAAACUCGGAGGCUCUAUGGACUGGGACCGCGCUUGUUUUACCAUGGAUCCAAAGCUCUGUCGCGCCGUCACCGAAGCAUUUGUUCGCUUACAUGAUGAAAAAGUUAUUUACCGCAGCAACCGUCUGGUCAACUGGUCCUGCACUCUCAAGAGCGCGAUAUCGGACAUCGAGGUAGAAAAAACUGAGCUGACUGGCAGAACACUCCUGUCCAUUCCCGGAUACGAAGACAAAGUUGAGUUUGGAGUCCUGGUUCACUUUGCAUACCAAGUUGUCGACAGCGAGGAGCGAAUCAUCGUCGCCACAACUCGUAUCGAAACUAUGCUCGGUGAUACUGCAGUAGCUGUUCACCCAAGUGACAAACGUUACUCUCAUUUGAUUGGCAAGAGUGUCCAGCAUCCAUUUUGCGAUCGUUCGAUACCGAUAGUUGCCGAUGACUUCGUGGACAUGGAGUUUGGUACCGGUGCUGUCAAAAUAACGCCGACGCAUGACCACAAUGACUAUGAAGUGGGCAAGAGAAAUAACUUGUCGUUCAUCACGAUAUUUGAUGACCAAGGGAAUAUUAUCAAUGGCGGAAAAUUUAAUGGAAUGAAACGUUUUGAUGCACGUAAAGCUGUGCUCCAAGAACUCAAGACUCUGGGUCUUUUGGUGGAUGUAAAAGACCAUACAAUGGUGGUGCCUAUUUGCAGUAGGUCUAAAGAUAUUGUCGAGCCGAUGAUUAAGCCGCAGUGGUACAUCAAGUGCGACGAAAUGGCACGUGAUGCUAUUGAAGUUGUUAAGAACGGCGAUAUUAAAAUAAUUCCAGAGCAGCAUAAAAAGACUUGGAACCACUGGAUGGAGGGCAUACGCGACUGGUGCAUUUCAAGACAACUGUGGUGGGGACACAGAAUUCCCGCUUACUUCGUCACAUUCACAGAUAAUUUUAAACCAAAUAACGUCACCAGUGAUGAUGAUCUGUGGGUCAGUGGGCGGAAUGAAGAGGAAGCUAGACAAAAAGCUGCUGAUAAAUUUGGUGUUGAUGCCAGCAAAAUAAUUCUCAAGCAAGACCCAGAUGUCUUGGAUACCUGGUUCUCAUCAGCUUUGUUUCCUUUCUCGGUAUUCGGAUGGCCGGAAAAAACUCCUGAGCUGGAAGCAUUUUAUCCCGGAAGUUUGCUGGAAACUGGUCAUGAUAUUCUGUUCUUUUGGGUCGCGAGAAUGGUUUUCUUUGGAAGGAAACUCAUGGGCCAGGUGCCGUUCAGAGAAGUUUAUUUACACGCAAUGGUCAGAGAUGCUCAUGGUAGAAAAAUGAGCAAGUCACUGGGUAAUGUAAUUGACCCAAUGGAUGUCAUCAAUGGGAUUUCGCUAGAAGAACUUCAUCGUCAAUUAGCAGAGUCAAACUUGGACCCGCGUGAGCUCAAACGAGCCAUUGAAGGUCAGAAAAGUGAUUAUCCUCAGGGUAUUCCUGAGUGUGGUACAGAUGCGCUGAGAUUCGCGCUCUGCGCCUACACUUCACAAGGUCGUGACAUUAAUUUGGAUAUUCUACGUGUCCAGGGCUACAGAUUUUUCUGUAAUAAAAUAUGGAAUGCCACUAAAUUUGCUCUUAUGUACUUGAGUGGUUUUGAAUCUAAUUUAAAAAAUGAGAAAAUAGAUGAUUUUGGUGACGACUGGUAUAAAAAAUUAUUGAAUGAAAAUUGUAUACAAGAAGCUGUUGAUAAUUAUCUGGCUGAGUACUCAUACUUGGAUGGCUACACGCCUUCGCAAGCGGACGUUAAAAUAUCAAGAAUAAUUAGUAACAAUAAUAAUAAUAAUAGUAAUGAUAAAAUUGACUUAGAGAAAUUGGUACAUUUAAAAAGAUGGUAUAGACAUAUUAUGAGUUACAGCACCGCGGAACAGUAUAACUUUCGUACCGAUCACGCGGAUGUAUUGUCGAGGUGUACAUCUAGAUCCUCGAGUUCUUUGACCGGAUUCCAGUUCAUGAUGACUGGAAACGAGUCAAAGAUCGAUAUGUGGAUGCUCUCAAGAGUGAGUCACGCUGCUAAAAUAUGUGACGAAGGACUUGGACAGUAUGAUUUCAAUGGAGCUACUACUGCUUGUUAUAAUUUAUGGCUCUAUGAUCUGUGCGACGUUUAUUUGGAAUAUUUGAAACCAGUAUUUCAAAAUGGAACAGCCGAGCAAAUACUAGCAGCAAAACGUGUAUUGUUAAAGACAGUAGAUGCUGGAUUGAGAUUAUUGAGUCCAUUUAUGCCUUUUAUUACUGAGGAAUUGUACCAACGAUUACCGUAUACUGAAAAAGAAUAUCCUAGUAUAUGUGUCAGUCCAUACCCAACUACAAUUGAGUGCCCAUGGAAAGACGAAAAAUUGGAAAAAGAAGUCGAUUUCGCGCAGAAAGUAAUUAAGGCGAUAAGAUCAGAGAGAGUGGAACUCAACAUUCCCAAUAAAACAAAAUCGGAAGUUUAUCUUGUGAGCGAGGAUGCUGAUGUGUUGAGUAAACUGGAAGCUUACACGCAAUUUAUUGAAACUCUUUGUUACUCAAAAAUUUUGGCGGGUCCACCUGCCCCCAAUUGCACCGUCAUCCCGGUUACUGAUAAACUUGACGUCCAUAUGAAGAUGGGUGAAGUCGCUGUCACGCAAGUGGAGUUCAAAAAGCUAGACAAAAAGUACGCGCAGUUAAAGACGACAGUGGAAAAGCUCACGACAGCUAUGGCUGCUGAUGACUACAGCACCAGGGUACCAGUUGAUGUACAAAAAUCUAAUGCCGAAAAAUUGGCCAGCAGCAAAGCAGAGCUGGUGCGCGUGGAAGAAAAUCUCGCGGCAAUGACAUUAAUGUCAUUGACAAAAUAAUUUUCAAAUUAAUUAAUUUAAAUAAUAUUUUUCAUUAGCACACUUUUCUGUAUCGAUAUUUAUAGAUAAUAAAACAUUUUUGAGUAAAGAAACUCACCGAUGGAU